AUGAAUGCUCUGGACCUGGCUGCGACCUCGACCUCAAAGGGUAAGUCAAAUCAAGACCCCCGAAUAGAUGGAAUUCUGCAGGCUUUAGCGAUCGUGGGAAAACUGUUGGGACAGCAGGCUCAACAACGGCGGCCUAAUGCUGAAAACGCGGCAUCAAUUGGAAAUGGGAAUGGAAAUGGUGACCGUACGAUGCACGGGUUAGUCGAGCAGUUCUUGAAGCUGCGACCCCCGAAAUUUGCUGGAAUAGGAGAUCCCGAAGAAGCGAAAUCCUGGAUCGAUGAACUCCAGAAGACAUUUGAGCUUUCGAGAUGUUAUGAGGAAGAGAAAGUGAAUUUGGCGACAUACCAACUGCAGGGUAACACCAAUCAUUGGUGGAAAGCAACCAAAGAAAUCAUGUUUCCUGAAAAUGCAGCAGUUAACUGGAAUGCUUUCGUCAAAGCAUUCAAUGGAAAGUAUUUUUCCGAAUGUACUCGUGAUCGAAAGAUGAAGGAAUUCUUGCAACUUCAGCAGAACAACAUAACGGUGGACUAG